GUUUUCUUGCGCAGACUGCCCACGCCGCAACAACAAGGCAGCAUCCGAAGCCGACGAGUUGGGAUCUGAGCCCAUGGCUGUGGCAGCAUUCGUCGGAGAGGAGGUUGCUACCACGAAGGGGGCCUGCGCAGGGAAGACCCAGUUUUCUUGCGCAGACUGCCCACGCCGCAACAGCAAGGCAGCAUCCGAAGCCGACGAGUUGGGAUCUGAGCCCAUGGCUGUGGCGGCGUUCGUCGGAGAGGAGGUUGCUACCACGAAGGGGGCCUGCGCAGGGAAGACCCAGUGCCUCCAUCCGGACAAGCCCAUGAU